GGAAGAUGGCGGAGGGCGGAGUGGUUGAUCUGGAGACUCAGAGAGCAGAAGUGUCAGGGCUGCUGAAGACCCCGCUGCGGAGGGGGGACACCUGGUACUUGAUUGACAGUCGCUGGUUCAAACAGUGGAAGAAAUAUGUGGGUUUUGACAGCUGGGACAAGUAUCAGAUGGGAGAUCAGAAUGUGUAUCCAGGUCCCAUUGAUAACUCUGGACUCCUCAAAGAUACUGACACACAGUCUCUUAAGGAGCAUCUUAUUGAUGAGCUUGAUUACAUUCUGUUGCCUACCGAAGGGUGGAACAAGCUUGUUAGCUGGUAUACGCUGAUGGAAAAUCAAGAACCCAUAGCUCGCAAGGUAGUUGAACAGGGUAUGUUUGUGAAGCACUGCAAAGUAGAAGUUUACUUAACUGAACUUAAAUUGUGCGAGAAUGGCAAUAUGAACAAUGUGGUAACGAGGCGAUUUAGUAAGGCAGACACAAUAGACAUGAUUGAAAAGGAGAUGAGAAGAAUAUUCAGUAUUCCAGAUGACAAAGAGACCAGACUGUGGAACAAAUACAUGAGCAAUACAUUUGAACCUCUAAAUAAACCUGAAAGCACUAUACAGGAUGCUGGCUUGUAUCAAGGACAGAUGCUGGUAAUAGAACAGAAAAAUCCAGAUGGACAGUGGCCAAGAGGUUCUAUGCCGAAUGUUAAAAAUUCAAACUAUUGUCUGCCUUCAUAUGCUGCUUACAAAAACUAUGAUUACUCAGAGCCAGGAAGACAUAAUGAGCAACCGGGACUAUGUGGCUUAAGUAACCUGGGAAACACUUGUUUUAUGAAUUCUGCCAUUCAGUGUUUGAGCAAUACACCGCCACUAACUGAAUACUUCCUUAAUGAUAAGUAUCAAGAAGAACUGAACCUGGAUAACCCUUUAGGAAUGAGAGGAGAAAUAGCCAAGUCCUAUGCCGAGCUCAUCAAACAAAUGUGGUCAGGGAAAUACAGCUAUGUAACUCCAAGAGCAUUUAAGACUCAGGUAGGCCGCUUUGCACCUCAGUUUUCUGGUUAUCAGCAGCAGGAUUGCCAAGAACUACUUGCUUUCUUAUUAGAUGGCUUACAUGAAGAUUUAAAUCGAAUUAGAAAGAAGCCUUACAUCCAACUUAAGGAUGCAGAAGGGAGGCCAGACGAGGUGGUGGCUGAAGAAGCCUGGGAGAACCACAUAAAGCGCAAUGAUUCAAUUAUAGUUGAUAUAUUUCACGGGUUAUUUAAGUCCACCCUUGUAUGUCCUGAAUGUUCAAAAAUUUCUGUAACUUUUGAUCCUUUUUGUUACCUAACACUUCCGCUACCAAUGAAGAAAGAGCGUACCCUGGAAGUAUAUCUUGUUCGACUGGAUCCCCUUUCUAAGCCUAUGCAGUAUAAAGUAGUUGUUCCAAAGAUUGGCAACAUUAUGGACCUUUGUACAGCUCUUUCAUCGCUUUCAGAUGUGCCUCCAGAAAAGAUGGUAGUCACAGAUAUUUACAACCAUAGGUUUCACAGGAUAUUUGCUAUGGAUGAAAACUUAAGUAGUAUAAUGGAACGUGAUGACAUAUAUGUAUUUGAAACAUCUAUAACCAGGUCAGAAGAUACAGAGCAAGUCAUAAUUCCUAUAUAUUUACGUGAGAAAUUUCGCCAUACCAGUUACAGUCAUCACCAUGGCUCUACGUUGUUUGGUCAGCCCUUCCUUAUGACUGUGCCUAGGAACAUUACUGAAGAUAAACUGUAUAAUCUACUGUUAACAAGGAUGUGCCGAUAUGUAAAAAUCACCAGUGAUGGUGAAGAAAAUGAUGCCCCCCUGCACUGCAAUAAAGAACAUACUGUUAAUGGAAAUGGUCCAAACGGAGUCCAUGAAGAGGGCUCCCCAAGUGAAAUGGAAACCGAUGAACCAGAUGAUGAGUCUAGCCAAGAUCAAGAGCUUCCUUCAGAGAACGAGAACAGCCAGUCAGAAGAUUCUGUUGGAGGUGAUAAUGACUCAGAAAAUGGAUUGUGCACUGAAGAAACCUGCAAAGGACAAUCACUCACAGGGCAGAAAAAACGCUUGUUUACAUUCCAGUUCACUAAUUUAGGCAAUGCUGAUAUCAGCUAUAUCAAGGAUGACACUCGGUACAUUCGAUUUGAUGAUAGACAGCUUAGGCUAGAUGAAAGCUCAUAUCUUGCUUUGGACUGGGAUCCAAAAAUGAAGAAAAAAUACUUUGAUGAAAAUGCUGCAGAGGACUUUGAAAAACACGAAAGUGUGGAUUUCACCCCUCAAAAAAAGUCCUUCAUGAAAUUAAAAGACUGCAUUGAGCUUUUUACAACUAAGGAAAAACUAGGUGCAGAAGAUCCAUGGUAUUGUCCGCACUGCAAAGAACAUCAGCAAGCAACCAAAAAAUUAGAUCUGUGGUCAUUGCCUCCAGUUUUAGUGGUGCAUUUGAAACGCUUCUCUUAUAGCAGAUAUAUGAGGGAUAAGUUGGAUACACUUGUUGAUUUUCCUGUAAGCGAUUUGGACAUGUCUAAAUUCCUUAUUAAUCCAAAUGCAGGACCUUGUCGUUACAAUUUGAUUGCUGUAUCAAACCAUUAUGGCGGAAUGGGAGGUGGACAUUACACAGCUUUUGCAAAAAAUAAAGAUGAUGGAAAAUGGUAUUAUUUUGAUGACAGCAGUGUUUCAACUGCAUCGGAAGACCAGAUAGUGUCCAAAGCAGCCUAUGUACUCUUCUAUCAGCGGCAAGACACCAUCAGCGGGACAGGCUUCUUUCCUCUGGACAGAGAAGUAAAGCAAAGUGCUUCAGCUGCUGCUGGGAUUCCAGUAGAGAGCGACGAGGAGUCAAAUGAAAAUGAAAAUGACAUAGAGAAUGAAAACUGUAUGCAUACCAAUUAA